GUUAUGUCCGAGACUGAUUACGAAGUAUGUGAUGAAAAGAAAGAAAGCGCAUAAGUAUUUUCUAAGAGAAAUUCUUCUCAACGAUCAGUUUUAAUUCGACUUGACAAUCAGCGACAAGUGUUUUUGUUCUAGCACUGUAAUUUAAUUUUCACUCCUUUGUUCCGAAGUUCGGUUGAUUAUCCACCACCUAGUGUCUGAUUGACAUUCCAUUCCUAUCAAAAGGUGGUGAUAUAAUGGUGUUGGAUUCAUUGUGUGAUCCCUGGAAUGCUCAGGAUGGAGAAAGUCAGUCAGUGAGUGAAAGUAGUACAUCAAAAGAGCCACAGGAAUUUGAGGAUAAUUUUCAUGUGAAUAGUAAUCGUCUGCCCGACUCUGAUGAGUACAUUGCUGCUCUAGAAAAAAAAUUGUCAAAGCUCAAAAGUUCCAAGCAAAGUAGCUCUGGGGACUCUGGGACUAAGGAACUUUUGGCUUCAUUGCAAGAAUUCCGCGAAUCCUGCAUGGUGCGAUUGAUCUCUGGCUCAAACUCAGCACUCAUAUCCAACACAGAUCUAGAUCUAGAUUCUUCUUUACCGAAACUACCUUCCCAGUGGUUGCGCAAUCAAAUCAACCCUGAAACGCCACUAACCGUGGGAGAAGCUCUAGAGUUAUUGAAAGCAGAUUAUUUAGAAUUAAAUCAUAUUGAAACAACUCAGCAGGAAAUCUCAGAGCCGGAAAACUGAAACUUCAACCUCAACUCAACUGAAAUUGAUUGCAGAUCGUACAAUAAUGCCAGGAUCAUCUUUUUGGGGUCAAAAAACCUGCUUGGUUGUAACUGGUGCGAGCCAAGGGAUCGGCCAAUUUUUUGCCUGCGAGCUGUCAAAAUUGUUAGGUGCCAAUUCAAGUGUAAUAAUAAUAGCCAGGUCUGUAAGUGGACUUGAGGAAACAAGAAAAAGAAUUUUAGAAGCUAAUCCUGCAGUUAAAGUCAAAGUUCACCAAACAGACUUGAGCAAAGUGAAUCUAGAAGAAUACGCAACUCUUUUCAGUGCAGUAGACCCUGACAUCUCCUUAUCUCUCUUCAUACACAAUGCAGGGUCUCUUGGUGAUUGCACAAAACUUGCGGUCGAUAUGAAGGAUCCUGAUGAAUGGAACAGUUUCAUGGCAUUAAAUCUUUACUCUGUGACUGCUCUGACCUCAGAAUACAUGAGACGGUUACAAAAGAGUAGCUGUAAAAAAGUCUUUGUGAAUAUUACUUCAUUGGCUGCAAUAGAACCGAUCAAAUCUCUUGGAUAUUACUGCAUUGGAAAAGCUGCUCGAGAAAUGUACUUCCGGGUUUUAGGCGCAGAAAGUUCUGACUUGCGUGUUUUGAACUAUUCCCCUGGACCAAUUGACACCAACAUGGUCUCUACUCUUUUGGACAAAAUCAGAGAUGAAGAAGUCAAGAAUGCUUUCAGCUCCAUGAAGGAAACCGGCACUUUAGUGAAAGUGGAGCAGUCGGCAGAAAAACUCAUCAGAGUACUAGAGACUGAUACCUACAAAUCAGGCGGCCGUGUUGAUUUUUAUGAUACUAAUUGAUGGUGAUGAUUAAAUUUUAAUAUCUUUUCUUUCCUUUGCCAGGACUAUUUAAUUAUUCACGUUUUAAUCUUUUUACAUCUGCAAGCAUUUAUCCUUGUAACCCUAGAAGACGCUUCAUGUUGAAAGGUCUAUAUUUGUUAUUGCUUGUUUCCCUCCCCUUGUAACUGUUUCGUAAAUAUCUUAAACAAAGUUUCAAUUUUAUCUUCAGCGCCAAUGAUUUUUAGGAUAGGUGUGGUUGUUUCUUUUUUCGUUAUUUAUUCUAAUCAGUAUGACAGCAUGACAGCACAGUGUUUAAAUCAUCAUCAUUAGAACCUGAGCCGUAAGACACUGAGUUUAUUGAAUAACAUUUGGCAAUAACAAACCACCUACUACAAAUUUGGGUGACAUUAAAGAGCAGUAAAUGUUUUUAUAUCAUUCGAUUUAGUUGUAGACAUCAGUGAUCAGUAUUUGGGUCAAAGCUCAGCUGAAGGAACUAAUUUUUCCUUCAUGAUGCACUCCAUCCAAAGUUAGGGUGAAGUUCCUCCUCUCAUCUUUCAACUUGAUAAUCCUCAUUCAAUACUACAUCAAUUUCCUUUCUAAUUCUCAUGCUGUAUCUUAAAGGAUGUCAAAAAUAAAAAUGUUCUCUUGCUCUCUAUAUGUAUGUUACAUCUGAACUUUUAUGUGAUAAAUUUCUUGAUCUUUUCUAAGAAGA